AAAUUUAUCAAAUUUUUCAUUUUAAAACAAUUAAUUGUAUACGAAGCAUAUCACUUGUGAUGGCGUGAUAAUUCGAAUCAUUUAAGAAUUUCAGUUUUUUUUUUGGUCUCUAUAUCUCGAUUAAUAUGCUGUGCAUUAGUACCACUUUGUUCACAGUUUUAGUAGUUGAUCUACUAGCGACCUCCGGAGACAUAACGGCGACAUGGACCUCGCCGAUGUACCCCAAACUGUACUCGAACGAUACCAGCGUGAAUCCCUUGGGACGACCCAUAACCGAAGAAGAAGACUCCUGGAUCGGUAGUUUGGUAAACAUCGGGGCGAUCCUGGGAGCCCUACCGGCCGGCUUCGUCGCCGAUAAAAUCGGAAGAAGGAAAACGUUAAUCGGGGUCGCGUUGCCCCAUAUAACCGCCUAUUUGAUGUAUGCCUUUGGCACGGAUAUUUACAUGUUUUAUAUCGGGAGGUUCAUCAAUGGGAUCUCCGUGGGGAUCGGGUAUGCCAUCCUACCCAUGUAUGUCGCCGAAGUGUCCAAGGAUUCCGAACGGUCCACCCUCUCGGUUACUUUGAAUAUAUUCUGGACUUUUGGGAAUUUUUUGCCUUACGGUAUAGGGCCUUAUUUGUCUGUUAAGUUGUUCAAUUUGAUUUUGGCCGCCGUUCCGAUUACUUUUAUGGUGCUUUUUGUCGUUUUCGGGUUCGAGACCCCGCACUAUUUGGUGCAUAAGGGUCGCGACGACGAAGCAAUGGCGGUUUUAAGAAAACUUAGAAAAAGCAGCGUAACUGGUGCCAAGAAGGAAGUGGAAGUCCUAAAGGAGGCUUUUAGUGAGCACGAAGAUGGUAAAUUGUCGGAUAUUUUCAGAAACAAGGGGUUGAGGAAGGCUUUAGUUGUUUCAAUGUCUUUGGUGUUUUUUCAGCAAUUUUCCGGGAUCAAUGCGGUACUGUACUACUUAGAGCCCAUCUUUCAGGCCUCUGGCACUAAAUUGUCCGCCGCAGUAAGUUCGAGCAUUUUCGGGGUUUUUGUCUUCCUUUUCAGCUUUUUAACCACGUUCACUGUUGAACGAGCUGGCGUCAAGUUACUUAUGGGCAUAUCCGCCUUAGGGUCCGCACUAUCCCUAGGGGUCCUCGGGGCGUUCUUCUACAUCAAGGACAGCACCGAUUUGGGCACAGAAAACAUUUUUUGGCUACCCAUAGCCGGUUUAAUUAGCUAUAUAUUAUUUUAUAGUAUAGGUUUCGGGCCUCUGCCCUGGACCAUCAGUUCCCAAUUGUUCCCUAACAGUGUCAAAGCGAUUUCGGCCGCGGCAGUUUCAGCUUUCUGCUGGAUCUCUUCGUUUAUUAUCACGAAGUUUUUCAAUAGUUUGAACGACACGAUUCAUAGGGCGGGCACGUUUUGGUUGUUCGGCGGUCUGUCCUUGGUGGCCCUCCUGGUUACCAUUUUAUGGGUUCCAGAGACCAAAGGGAAAAGUAUCCGGGAAAUACAAGAAAUGUUACAAAAGUAAUAUCACGCUUUUUGUAAUAAUUAUUUAGUAAUAAAUGCUUGUAGUUUUUUGUAUAAA